CCAGCGCCAGUCGGGACGCCGGACCAACUCGCCCGUUUUGCCCCGCACGGCGGGGGGUACCGAUGGACACCAUGCUGCUGGCGCGGGAGCACCCGAACCUGAAGGUCAACGCCAUCACUCCAGGGUACAUCCUGACCGACAUGACCAGGAACGCGGGCGCGACCAAGUCUCCCGAGGAGGGUACCAAGGCGGCACUCUAUUGCCUGAUGGGCGAGCUGGAGGGCAACGGCCGGUACUACGGCUCCGAUGCGGUGCGCAGCCCGCUCGACAGGUACCGCGGGCCGGGCGACCCGCCAUACGCCGGCCCCUGAGGGCGGGCCCCCGGGCGGCGUCCCGAUUUUCGACCUCCGGCGCUGUAAAAGGCGCUGGCAAUCCCGCA